AUGUUAUAAUAAUCACAAUAAAUUGAUUACUUAUAUAUUCCAACUAGUAAGAAUUUAUAAUAAUUACUAAAAACAACUACCUUCUGGACUAUUGGAAACAUACAAAGUACUCAUUUAAUCAAAUCAUAAUUACUCAAUCUACCCAAAAAUAAGAAUUUUGAGUUUGCUUUGACUAAUAAUGGCUAUUUAAUCAAAUUCGGAAUCAACAACACUAAAUAUUGCAACUUAUUGAAUAAUCUUUAUAUAAUUACAUAUACGAACAAGUAUUUCACCAUUAGAUCUCAGGAUAAGUCUAAAGAAUAUCAAGGGCCCAAUGAAAAGCUAACUCGCCUAUGGAUUGAGUAUCUAACCAGGUUUUGUAUAAUUAGGGGAGAAGUCUAUACCAGAUUUAAAUUCAUAAAUUAAAUUAGUAAUGGAAACUAUUCGAAAGUAUAAUCAAAUUUAUUAUUAAUUAAAGGGAUAUCUAAUAGAGGAUGACAAACAACGACAAUUUGUAUGUAAGUCUUUUUAGAAAGCAGAUUUGCAGAUGGUGAUUAAACUCAAAGAUUCUGUGAUCGGUGAAAUCUUACUCUUGAGGCAAGUAAACCAUCCAAAUGUCAUCAAACUUUUUGAAAUUCAUGAAGAUUCCAAAAAUAUCUAUUUGAUUUACGAAUGGGCAAUGGGAGAAUUAUUUUAAGAAUUUUAAUAAAUAAAAGCCAAAAAGUCUCGUUUUACUGAACAAUAAGUUAGUAACAUUAUGAGACAGAUUUUUUUGGGAUUGAGCUAUAUUCAUUCCUUAAAUAUCAUGCAUAGAGAUAUAAAAUUGGAAAAUAUAUUGAUAAAAGAUUAAAGUUCAAUAGUAAUUGCUGAUUUUGGUUUAGCGGCAAAGAAGCUGCCUAAAUUUGAAUUUAAAAAAUAUGGUACUCCAGGCUAUAUAGCUCCUGAAGUAUUGAAUUUGAAGGUCUACAACGAAAAAGUGGACAUAUUUAGUGCUGGUGUAGUUGCUUAUAUAUUAUUAACAUAAAAACCAGUAUUUACAGGAUCUACUAUUAGUGCUAUUUUGAAUUAAAAUACUGCUGGAAAAAUCGAUUUUGACAAGCCCUCCUUCAUUAAUCUAAGUAAAGAUGCUUAAUUCUUCUUACGUAAAGUGUUAUCUUUAGAGGAAGACUAACGUCCCUCUGCAUAGGAUUGUUUAGAUUCCUCUUUUCUAAAGAACUAAUUCUAACUUAAUGAGAUUGGAACUCCAAUUAAACCUAAUUUAGAUGUAUUCUUUUAAAUAGAAUAAAUAGAUUAGAUUGAGUUAUUUAGGUUCCAGUAUAUUACCAUAACAGAUCAACUUAUCCAGGGCUAAGAGAAAGUCUAUGCGGCAAUACAUUUUAUUAAAAUAAGCAAUUAUUACUGAAAAAUAAAAAUAAUAAAUUUUGCCAUAAAUAGCUGAAUAAUAGAAUGGAGAAGAGGAAGAUAAUGAGAGAUUGAUAGUUCAAGAGAGCGUUAAAUAAGUAUUAUUUGGUUUUGAAUUUACAGAUCGCUGGUUCAUUUUACACAGAGAAUCAAAAAGGAAGUCAAAACUCAGAUGAUUCAAAUGGAGAUUCUUCAGGGGAAAGCAUGAGUGGAGUGUCAUCUUCUGAAAGUGAAGAUGAUUCUAAUCUAUUUUUAGAGGAGGAUGACUUACAGAAUUUGUCAUCCAAAAUAACUAAGUUAGGAGGUUUAUUAAUAAAAAUUAAGAGAUGA